AUGAUUUGGAUUUGGGGUCUUUUUUUGUCGGUCGCGGCCGCUAAUGUGGAUGAUUUGGUUGGUACUUGGACUACAAAAUCCCGUGAGGUUCUAACCGGGCCCGGAUUCUACGAUCCGCUUCAUGAUAAGCUCCUCGAGCCGAACUUGACUGGCAUUUCAUACUCGUUUGAUUCAGAGGGACAUUAUGAAGAGGCGCUCUUUCGCGCUAUAGCCAAUCCGACCGACCCAUCCUGUCCUUCUGGAAUUUUGCGCUGGCAGCAUGGAUCCUAUAUCUUGUUAUCCGAUGGAAGCUUGACAUUGACCCCCAUUAAGGUAGAUGGUCGGCAAUUGGUCUCUGAGCCUUGCAAUCAAGACACUGGCACUUACACUCGCUAUAACAACACGGAGCACUUCAAGGGAUUCUCGGUCUCUACUGAUCCAUACAGUGGCAAAACUCGUCUCGAUCUCACCCAGGCUGAUGGCCAGAUCAUGCAUCCUAUGUACUUGCACUACAAACCUCCGAAGAUGCUCCCUACAAACACAUUGAACCCAACACCAACUGGAUCGCACAAGAAGAGGGACCUUUCUUCAUUGUCAGGACCAGGUUUUAACUUGGUUAUCAAAGAAGAGAUCAUGAAUCCAGACAAAUGGUGGUGGUUGGGGGUAUUUAUGACUUCCCUUGGAGGCAUGGCUUUCUUCUUUUCUUAA